GUUGGUGGUGUGGGUUCACUCACUGAUCUACAGUCUCAGCAUAAAUUGUGACGCUGCUCACUCCGCCAAAGCCUUUCAUUAUUCCCUUUCUCUCUCGUAAUUCUCGAAAGUUCUCAGACUUCCAAAAAAAAAAAGAAACCAAAAAUGAUGAAGCCAUCGAUGCUCAGAUCCCUGCACUCAGCAGUUAGCCGCGGCUCCUCUCACCUCUCUCGCCGCGGCUACGCCACUGAGCCAGUGCCGGAGCGCAAAGUCGCUGUUCUCGGCGCCGCCGGCGGGAUCGGCCAACCCCUCUCCCUCCUAAUGAAGCUCAACCCCCUCGUUUCAAGCCUCUCCCUUUACGAUAUCGCCGGCACCCCCGGUGUCGCUGCUGAUGUUAGCCACAUCAACACCAGAUCUGAGGUAGUUGGAUAUCAAGGUGAAGAACAGCUUGGAAAAGCUUUGGAGGGUGCAGAUGUUGUUAUAAUUCCUGCUGGUGUGCCCAGAAAGCCUGGAAUGACUCGUGAUGAUCUUUUUAAUAUUAAUGCUGGCAUUGUCAAGACACUGUGUACUGCUAUCGCUAAGUAUUGUCCCCAUGCUCUUGUUAACAUGAUAAGCAAUCCUGUGAACUCUACUGUUCCUAUUGCUUCUGAGGUUUUCAAGAAGGCUGGGACAUAUGAUGAGAAGAGAUUGUUUGGUGUUACCACCCUUGAUGUUGUUAGGGCCAAAACUUUCUAUGCUGGGAAAGCCAAAGUUCCAGUCGCUGAGGUCAAUGUACCUGUUGUAGGUGGCCAUGCAGGCAUUACUAUUCUGCCCUUAUUUUCUCAAGCCAUUCCAAAAGCCAAUCUGGGUGAUGAUGAAAUUAAGGCUCUUACAAAGAGGACGCAAGAUGGAGGAACAGAAGUUGUUGAAGCCAAGGCUGGAAAGGGCUCUGCAACUUUGUCAAUGGCUUAUGCUGGAGCCCUUUUUGCUGAUGCUUGCCUCAAGGGCCUCAAUGGCGUCCCAGAUGUUGUUGAGUGCUCAUUUGUGCAAUCCACUGUGACUGAACUUCCCUUCUUUGCUUCCAAGGUGAGGCUUGGGAAGAAUGGUGUGGAGGAAGUUUUGGGCUUGGGGCCUCUCUCAGAUUUUGAGAAACAAGGCCUUGAAAGCCUCAAGGCUGAACUGAAAUCCUCUAUUGAGAAGGGUAUCAAAUUUGCCAACCAGUAAUUGAACAAAUACGUCACAGAUACAUGUUAGUGGGUAUUCCAUUCCCAUUAAGAACCAAAUCAAAUUUUGCAAUCUCAGAACCAUUAUUGUAUUGUUUUUCGGCAGUGGUGGCGGCUUUGUUGUUUUAAUUAUUAGAUUAGGUAUACGCCAUCAUUUAAUAAUAAUUCGUCUGUUGAGCAGUUUGUUGCCCAAAGGAUUCAUUGAUCUUCAAACCAGUUUUAAUAAUGCUCCCUUUUAAUUCUAUGGUUUCACUUAAUGCAAUUGCUGGCUGUUU